AUGGCCUCACCACGGGUUAUUUUAGUGACAGCUGCUUCGGGUCACAUUGGCGAAAACCUCAUUCCAUUGCUAGCUGCAAAGUCCACCACGAAACUCAUUCUUCCCACGUCAAAUGCUGCGGCUCUAAACUCGCAAAUCGCAACAUUUGCAGUACCGUAUCCAGAGAAUAUCACGGUGGUGGAAGGGUCCAUAAAGAACCCGGCAUGGUUUCAAGAAUUGCUUAAAACACACAGCGUCGACACGGUCUUUUUGUGUCUGACGGGCGAGGACGAGUUAUGGACGACGUUCAAUUGCUAUGACGCCAUGAGCCGUGUGCCCUCGGUCAAGAAGCUGAUCUACCUGUCUGCGCAACUAGAUUUUACGUCGACAGAGGGGAUGCAGCAGGUGCUUCGCCACCAGUCGGCUGCACACGUCGUCGUCAAGAUCCUGGCCGAGCAGAAGCUGCUGCAUGGCAACCUGCCGUUUGCGUGGACGGUUCUUCGCCCAACGCUCUUCUUCAUAAAUGAUGUGCGCUGCAAACAAGGCAUGCUGGAGCAUGGCGUCUUUCACGAGCCCCUUGGCGAAAAGGGUGCCAGUCGCGUCGCACCCUGGGAUAUCGCCCUUGCCGUCCAGCGGCUCGUGGCCGACGACACUGCCAAAUGGCAAGGCAAGCACGUCGCCAUCGGCUCCCUGAAGCUCUACAAGGGCUCCGAGAUUGCUCAGAUCUGGUCCCGGGCGCUGAGCAGGGAGGUGAAAAUGCACCCGGCAGACGAGCAGGGCUUGCAGCAGUACGAGGACGAGUUUCUUAGCAGGGUGGGUGAUGCUAGAGGGGCCGCCUGGGGGAGAGACUUGCGAUUGAUGUACCAAGCAUUUGCGGAGACGGGGUUUGGCAUGAACGAGGAUGAAUAUCGCGAGCAGGUCGACUUGCUCGGGCGCGAACCUGCCAGCUAUGAGGACUGGGUGAAGGAAACAGCAAGAUCAUGGCUCUAA